AUGGAGCUCACCAUGGAGAACCUGCACAGCGUCUCCUCGCAUUCCCAGGCGGGAGACCUCAUGAGCUCGCCGCACGCGCGACCGUCUCCCGCCCCCAGCUCCACGCCGCGGAACCUGGUCUCCCACGCUCCCGGCGCGCGCUCGGCCAUGGUCUCCGGCAUGGCCUCCCUCCUGGAGGGCUCCGGAGGGGACUACCGCGCAGACCCCUCCGCCCUGUCCGGACACCUCCAUCCCUCCAUCAGCAUGUGCGAGACCGGGAUGAGCCUUAGCAACACCUACACCACCCUGACCCCUCUGCAGCAUCUACCUCCGAUAUCCACCGUGGCGGACAAGUUCCACCACCCCCACUCCCACCACCACCACGCCGCCGCCGCCCACCAGCGGCUCUCCGCCGGGAACGUCAGCGGGAGCUUCACGCUGAUGCGCGACGACCACCGGGGGCUGACGUCCAUGGGCAAUCUGUACGGUCACUACCCCAAAGAGAUGUCCGUGUCCGCCAUGGGCCACAGCUCGCUCUCCCCGCUGUCCAGCGGUCUGGGCUCCCUGCACAACUCCCAGCAGUCGCUCUCCGCCUACGGUCCCGGCGCGCACCUGUCCACCGACUCCAAAAUGCUUUCCCCGGUGUCGGGGUUCGAGUCCCACGCGUCCAUGCUGUCCCGAAGUGACCCGGAGCACCUGGCCAGGAGUUUAGGGGGCCACGGCCACGGCAUGAUCUCCAACCUCAACGGCAUGCACCACCACCCGCACGGUCACCUGCACUCCCAGGCGAACGGCGCGGUGCUGCUGGGGGACCGGGAGAGGCACGGUCACGGGGGGGCCGGCCAGGGAGUAUCAGGGUCAGGCAUCCAGGCGGAGGAGAUCAACACAAAGGAGGUGGCUCAGAGGAUAACGGCGGAGUUAAAGCGGUACUCUAUCCCGCAGGCUAUAUUCGCCCAAAGGAUCUUAAGCCGGUCGCAGGGCACCCUCUCAGACCUGCUCCGGAACCCCAAACCCUGGAGUAAACUCAAGUCAGGCCGGGAGACAUUCAGGAGGAUGUGGAAGUGGUUGCAGGAGCCCGAGUUUCAACGGAUGUCUGCUCUCCGUAGUCCGUCCAGGGCGGGAGAGGGCCCGUCUCACCGCACACAAAGCCCGAUCUCAUCCGUCCGUCCAGGCGUCGACUAGCAGCAGCACGGUGCG